AUGGCCAAAUCAUUCCAAGACUGCGUCAUACUCUUUGGGGAUAGUCUGACAGAAAGACAGGAUGUCCCACAAGCGUUGUUCGAGAGGAUGUGUCAAGCGUAUGCAAGAAAGUUGGACAUCCUAAAUAGGGGAUUUGGUGGAUAUACCACCACUGGUUCUCUUCCUUUGUUCGAGAAGCUUUUUGCUAAGAAGGGAGACGAUGCAUCGAGAGUGAGACUGGUGACAUUGUGGUUUGGAACAAAUGAUUCCGUACAUUUCCCAAAUCCUCGAGCUACCCAUCCAGCCCAAUUCAAGAAGAACUACGAAAUAAUACUUGAUCAUCUGACAUCCCCUAACUCACCAUAUUCGAUAUCUCAGACUCCCGUACAUAUACUGCUGAUCACUCCUCCUCCACCUUAUCUGCCUCAGGUACCUCUACCGGCCAAAUGGGUAAGAUCGGAAGAGAGGUCAUUAGAAUUCGUAAAUGCUGUUAGGGGGUUGGGCAGGGACUACAAAGCUAAAGAGAACGGGACUUGGAGCAUAGAAGUAUUGGACCUUUGGGAAGCUAUGAAGGUGAAGGCUGGUGGAUUAGGUGAUGGACUCGGUCCGUUCUUUCACGAUGGAUGUCAUAUGACCCCUGAGGGGUAUGGAGUACUGUGGGAAGAAUAUAGGAAGAUCGUGAAAGGUGCGUGGAAAGGCCAUGGGCUGGAUUGGGAGGAUGAAGAUGAUCUACCAAUGAGAGUGCCUUCGGUGCGUACGAUAGAUCAUACUCGACCUGACAGUGUCCUCGAGCUGCUGGGCCUACCGAGCUAUAGAUAA